AUGAGCGAGAGCUCGACACCAUCAGUUAACAAUAAUGAUCACAAUCGUUCCGCAGCUACUGAAAGACAAUCUAGUCAUUUUGCUCGUAGUCGCUGGUCUCACGCUCUUGCUCUCGCCGACCAACUUCGCCAUAAUACUGAAAUAAAAAAAGACGAACAAUUACGACAACUCGCAUUUAAUAUUCCAGCAGCGGAUAAUCGCGAAACAAGUGUCAUCACAUCCGUCGCAGCUCAAGCGGAUUACGUCGAAUCUUUUCAAAACGAACUUCUCUUUGCUAAGACUGGUAAUUUUACCUUGGACAAACUGGGUGACAGUUUCACUGAUUUAAAACGAACAUUCAAUCGAAUGCUGGAAUUAAAAAAGGACGAUGUUCAACAAGUCACACUUGCAACAUCGAUCACAAAAACUGCUUUAUUAAUUGUUUUACGUUCAACUGAAUCAAUCGUCGAUAUCAUCACUAAAGGAACACGACGAUUUCCCACAUUGAAUUCAAUUAUAUCGUACAUUCGUUCACAAAAUGUCCUGUUACCUUGCAACGGACGAUUACUUGUCGAUUGGUAUAGAGCUGCACAAGCGCUUGAUCUACUUCUCAAUGAUCCUGACUGGCUCGUACAACCACGAAAAUCGCAUUGGGCCAUGCAAGUCUGCAAUGAAACGCUAACGUGGGCACAUGCUGUGUUUAAUGAAAACUACCGUUCAAAAUCAUCCGGACGACCAAUCUUUGAUCGUGAUGACAGUAUGAUUGCUCCCGACACAAUUGAGUAA